AUGUCAAGCAAUAGUACAAGUUCACGUCAAUCCUCCUCCUCCUCGAAGUCGAUUUCAACCUUGGCCGUCAAAGACCAGGUCCGUGAUCUGUACGACAUCAUCCGCGAAGAGAGGACCGACGAAGAGACUACGAUUCUCGCGGUCGUGCCCAACGACGUCCUACCGCAGCUCACAGACAGGUGCAGGUCCAAGAAGUGGAAGUUCUGGCACAAUGGAAGAGCUGUAGAAUUGACGACACAAAAGAGCGUCCAAUCUGCCGUCGACGCUCUUCUGGAUAAUGGCUGCGGGCAAAGGCUGGUCCUCGUAGUCAGCCAGCACAUUGAGGCACUAGACUUCCACAUCACGCCCGUUGGAGGCUACCCGCACAGUCUCGGUGUGAUCCGCGGGUGUCGGGACCGGCGAACGGGAGGGAGUCGAUCCACGAAGCUCAUCAUCGACGGCGCAUCCACAUUUGACGGGAUCAGGCUCGACCAGUGGACUGCCUCGAAGCAAAAUGGCCAGGUCUUUCUCGGUCCAAAUGUCCAUGUCCGCGUGCACAUGGGCGAGCCAGGCUCGCUGUUCAGGGAGCACUUUUCCUCUGCCAGGGACAUCCAGAGCCAGCUCAGCUUCCUGAACGACUGCCCCAUGGUUGGAAAAUGGUGGAAGGACUGGCAAGGUCCGAUCGCCAGCAUCAUCGGGCUUGCAGCGACCACCAUCAAGGUCUCGGCGAGCUUGAAGACGACUGCCUCGGGCUUCUAUCUCUCACACUCGUCUGUCUGCUGGGGCACGUGGACUCUGGGUGCUGGCCAUAUUACUGGCACUGCCGUGAUGACCGCUGCAGGCCCAGCGGUGCUUCUCGGUGCAGGUGCUGCUGCUGCGGUCUACUUCUUCCCUUGGGAGGAGUUCUUUUCGUGGCUUGGCUCCUUCUUCAGUUCCUUCUUUGAGUGGCUGAGGGGCCUGAUCGCUGGUAUCAGGCAGAAAAUAGCCGACUGGUCCUCUGCCAGGGUACAGCAGAACAGCCAGGACGCGUUGCCGCCGCCGCCAGCCUACGAGAAGGUUGCUGGCAGCCAACGCAAAGGCCGAGCUCUCCGUGUUCGCGCGUCGGAAGCACCACCUCUACCAUCAAAAUAG